UCUGUAACCGAGUUCUUUUUCGAAAAAGCUGAAGAAGUGGCAGUCAGGAGCUCCUAGUGAAAUGAUCUGGAAAAUUGUAUUUAUUCUUUUCUACUUUCAUACAAUUCUUUGCCUUAAUGAAGUUAGAUGGUGCACAAUUUCUGACCCAGAGAACAAAAAAUGCAAUGACAUGAAAGCUGCCUUCGGACAAGCUAAAAUCACUCCAAUGUUAUCUUGUGUGAAUGGGAAAUCGGGAAUGGAUUGUGCACGCAUGAUAAUGAAUAAUGAGGCUGAUGCAGUGACACUUAAUGGUGAAUUAAUAUAUCAAGCUGGCUCACAAUAUAACUUAAAACCUGUUGCCGGAGAAGUAUAUGAUCAAGGUAUGGGGACAUCAUACUAUGCUGUGGCCGUUGUAAGAAAAAACUCUAGCUACACCAUAAACAAUCUGAAAGGAGCAAAGUCUUGUCAUACUGGGUUCCAGAGGACUGCGGGCUGGAAUGUCCCCAUUGGCUAUCUCAUUGACUCUGGCCGAAUUGCUGUUGUAGCUUGUAAUAUCCAAAAAGCUGUGAGCAGCUUUUUCUCCCAGAGUUGUGUGCCCGGCUCCACCCAGGCGGACCUCUGUCAGCUUUGUAUUGGAGAUGCAAAUGGCACAAAUGUGUGUGAUCUGAAUGGCAGAUACAGUGACUAUAGUGGCGCUUUUAGGUGUUUGGUUGAAGGACAAGGCGAUGUGGCAUUUAUAAAACAUAGCACAGUGGCUGAAAAUUCAGAUGGUAAAAACACAGAUUCAUGGGCUCGGGAAGUGAUUUCAUCUGACUACCAAUUACUGUGCCGAGAUGGCAGCCAUGCAGAUAUCAGUGAAUGGAGACAGUGUAACCUAGCAAGGGUUCCUGCUCAUGCUGUUAUGACCCGGACUAACACAGAUGGAUCCCUUAUUUAUAAAAUGCUUCAGGAUGGGCAGCAGAAAUAUAAUAUCCAUAGCUCCGGCUUCAGGAUGUUUGACUCUUCAGCCUACAAUAGUAACAACCUGCUUUUCAGAGACAUGACAACAGAACUGAGAGCCACUGGUAACCAGACAUACCAGGCCUGGCUGGGGGAUGAUUAUUUGCAGGCAAUGAAAGGAAUCAACUGUGAUCCUGACAAAUUGCCUAAAUCUUUGCGCUGGUGCACCUUAUCCACGCCAGAGAUAUGGAAGUGUGCCGAUAUGGCCAGAGUCUUUAAAGAUAAGAAUCUGGAUCCAUCACUUCAGUGUGUUUCUGCUGACAGUCCCGAAGCUUGUAUGGAACUGAUACGGCAAAAGGAGGUAGAUGCAGUGACGUUGGAUGGAGGAGAUGUUUACAAAGCUGGGAAGACAUACGGAUUGGUGCCAGCUGCUGGGGAGAGUUAUCCCGAGACCAAUCUUUCUAGCAGUUACUAUGCAGUGGCCUUGGUCCGUAGAGACCCUUUGAAUGCCUUUACCAUUCAUGAUCUGAAAGGCAAGAAAUCCUGCCACACAGGCUAUGAGCGCACAGCUGGAUGGAAUGUACCCAUAGGAGCCCUCAUCAAGCUGGGCUCCAUUAGGCCAGAUGAAUGCAAUACAGCCAAAGCUGUGGCUAAUUUUUUCUCUGGGAGUUGUGUGCCAGGGGCCAACCAGAAAAAUUUUCCACCCGAACUCUGCAAGCUAUGUAAAGGUGACAGCAAAGGACAAAAUAAGUGUGAGAAGGAUACUCGGGAACAGUAUUUUGGGUAUUCUGGUGCAUUUAGAUGUCUGGCAGAGAAAGCUGGAGAUGUGGCCUUUGUGAAACAUGCAACUGUGUUUGAACUCACUGACGGGCAAAGCACAGAGUCCUGGGCAAAGAAUCUAAAGUCCAGUGAUUUUCAGCUGCUGUGUCCUAAUGGUGCUCGGGCAGAAGUAAGCCAGUACCCUGACUGUAAUUGGGCUCAGGUUCCAGCACAUGCAGUUAUGGUUCAUCCUGAUACAAACAUACAUGCAGUCUAUGGCCUCUUGGCUAAUGCCCAGGAAUAUUAUGGGAAUGACAACAGCUCUCAGUUUAAAAUGUUUGAUUCAUCGAGUUACAAUGCAAAUGACCUGAUCUUUAAGGACUCCACCUAUAAAAUAGUUCCUGUCCAAGAGAAGAAAACAUAUAGCCAGUGGCUAGGCAGUGGUUACUUGGAAUCAUUGGAAGGUAUGCAGUGUUCUUCCAGUGCAGCAAAAUUACGAGUGAAUAUCACGUUUUUACUAAUAAGCGCUCUCCUGCUCAUUACAUUCUCUGUAUAACUGCUGGCAACUGAACCAGAACAUAACUGGAAAUUGAAGAUGUGCAAAAAAAUCCAUCACAUUGUGUCAAAUAAAGAUUGGCAUCUAUUGGAAAUUACUGGACUUCAUUCCCUGUUCACCUACCUUAUUGUCCUCUACACCUUUAAAGCCACCGUUGAAUACCACGAGGGAAUAUUAUUCACCUUUCCCUGGAGAGAAGACUUUUGAAAUCAUUUAUUUAUUGUGCCAGCAUUUAUCUAUUAGAUCUUUUCAUGCAAGCAGAUGGAUACUUUUAGUCACCUGUGGGUAUUGGUAAUGUUCCUCUACAAUGUUGCUGUGUACUGAAGCUAUUAUUAUAUUUAUGCAUCAGCCUAUUUGACACUGUGUGUUAAAUAUUAAAAAAGGAUCCAAAUACAAA